UUCUUCUCACUUUCCUCUUCUUCGUCCCCACCGCGAAUCCAAACAAUUCUGGAAAAUCGCCGAUCGAUUUCCCCCAUGACCGUAGAGCCUUGAGCGGCUGGAUUUAAUGCAUUCACGCGGCGACGGCAACAAACAAUGUUUUCCAUUCCUUUGCCGCCUCACUCGAUCUCGCUGCUACUUCCUCUCGAAAUCAGCAUAGAUUCUACCAGUUAUGAUCGAAUAUAUUCGAAUUAGUGUUGCUCCUCCGUUGAUCUUUUGGUUCAUCUUCUACUAUGAAAUCCCAAUAAUCCUCUUUUUUUGUUUAAUUGGCCGGUUGAGCGAAUUAAGUUAUAUGGGCCGAGACCAAAACACAAUGGGCCUAUAACGAAUUACAAGAAGCCCAAUAUUUAUUCCAAAGUUUGAUCCGGUACCGGCAACACAAGACUCGAUCUCGGAGCUGUGAGUUUGUGAUUUUUCUUAAACUAAGUAAGAUUCCCAUUGAUAUUACUCUUGAUUCGUUCUCGAGUCUAGAACGUCCCCUCUCUUCGUCGAGCUAGAUUUCAGAUUAGGGUUUUGGUUUCUUCUCAGGAACAAAUUUUGCAGAAGCUAUGGCACUUCGAUCGAUCAGCAGGAGGUUUGGGAGCAGAGUCUUGAGUUACCGUUCCUCCUCUGUUGCUUCCCUUCAUUCUCACGCCACAAGUUUCGGGUUUCAACAAGUGAAGGAAGAAGAGAAAAGAAAGUUGGUUGGUAACGUUUUCUCCAAUGUAGCUUCCAGUUACGAUAUCAUGAAUGAUGUCAUGAGCGGUGGCUUGCAUAGGCUUUGGAAGGAAAGACUCGUUGGGAAGCUGAGUCCAUUUGCAGGGAUGAAGCAUCUUGAUGUUGCCGGUGGAACGGGUGAUGUUGCGUUUAGGAUCUUUGACGCUGUUAACAGUGUCAAACGAAGAGCAUUGCGGAAAGUUGAUGAGGAUUCACUUGAAGAAACUCAGAUAUACGUAUGUGAUAUUAAUCCCAACAUGUUAAACGUUGGGAAACAACGUGCUGCUGAGAGAGGGUUAGGAGAUAACAAGUCACUCGUAUGGGUCGAAGGAGAUGCAGAGGCCUUGAGUUUCGAUGACAAUUCAAUGGAUGGAUACACUAUUGCAUUUGGAAUAAGGAAUGUCACACACAUCGAAAAGGCUCUCGCAGAGGCUUAUAGGGUACUAAAACGGGGCGGAAGAUUCUUGUGCCUUGAGCUCAGCCAUGUAGACAUUCCGGUCUUCAAAGAUGUAUACGAUUUGUAUUCAUUCAAGGUCAUUCCAAACUUAGGGGAACUAAUAGCCGGUGACCGAGAAUCUUACCAAUACUUGGUUGAGAGUAUUCGUCGGUUUCCUCCUCAGGAGAAAUUUGCAACGAUGAUAGCAGACGCAGGAUUCGAGAAGGUGGAGUACGAGAACCUUGUUGGUGGCGUUGUCGCCAUUCACUCUGCCAUUAAGCUCUGAUCUCUCUCUCUCUUUCUUUUUUACUUGUGCAUUUUAUCUGCCUUCCCAAACUGUAAAAGUUCAAACGUGAAAAAUAAAGCUCUGUCCAAGAGUGAAUUUGCUUCUUAAUUGUUAAAUUGUUCAAAUUAUUAUUUAUCAAAUUUCAUUACAAAUAAA